GACAGGGGGCGGGUGGGGACGCCGCCGUGUGCACGCCAAGCUUUACCGAUUAUUUCACGAUUUUGCGAGCCAUGUCCGCUAAUCACGGUGGCCACCGGCCAGAGUCGCCGAGGCCCAGAGCGCGAUGCAGAAUGGCGACGCCGCCGCCGUGGGUCAGCGGGCUGGUGCUGCUGCUCGCACUGGCGGCCGUCGUCCUGGGCGCGGCCGCGGCCAAGAGACUGCUCAUCGACAGCACGCACCUCGAGCUGCGACCCAAGUUCAUCCGGCCGUGCGAGGGCGAGCCGGACAACGCCCUGCAGGCGAUAGACGUGACCUACGAGAUGCGGGGCCGCACCACCGUCGUCUUCAACCUGGACAUCAACAUGAGCCGGACGGCGGACAAGUGGACCAAGGGCUUCACGGUGAUCGAGAGGUGCGACGAGACCGUGUCCGAGGCCACGUGCAAAGUCUACAGGGUGAUCGAGACUAACGACGUCUGCGGCUAUUUCAUGAACCCCACCAUGCCGUGGGUCAAGUUGAUCGAGAGCGUGCAACCCAAGUUGAGCUGCCCCAUCCCCAAGGGCACGUACAGGGUGUCCAACGGCACGCUGGCCAUAGACUUGCUCAGCGCCGUGAGCGGCCCGCUCCGUCUGGAGGGCUACGUGUGGCGCGCCCGACCCCAUUGUGUCGACGACCAGGGGAGCACACCGUUCUGCUUGGACACUGCCGGGGAGUUGUUUCGGGUGCGGAACCAUCCGAAAGACACAAUUUUGGGGUGACGGGUGACAAGGCCUGUACCCGCGGGUGAGACAAAACAAAAACAAAACAAUCAUGGAUUUUGAGGAAGUACAAGUAAAAUACAAGGUGGUCCAUAGACCCCUGCCUUUACUUUGCUUAUACUGACCACAUGCAGGCGUGCGGGCGGGCUUGCCUACAGGCAUGUAUACACCCCGUGCGAGUAUGUAACCCGCCCGCACGCCUGCAUGCGGUACAGUAUAAGUAAAAUAAAGGAAAGGGUCUAUCUACCACCCAUAUGACCACCCUGUAUCCUGGUUCAGCGAGGGGGUGUCUCUUCAUUUCUUUGGCCGUUUGGCGGUGUGGGUGGUGGAGCGUCGAACUCCGGCUCAAGCUACAAGAUGGAAAUAAACUUGGCUACCUUUCUUAUCAU